GAGGAGCAGCCUGAGAAACACUGUUGGGUGUGUUUUGCCACUGAGCGAGACGACCACAGCGCAGAGUGGGUGAGCCCCUGCAGGUGUAAAGGCUGCACUAAAUGGAUCCACCAGUCCUGUCUGCAGCGCUGGCUGGACGAGAAGCAGAAAGGAAACAGCGGAGGAGCGGUGAACUGUCCGCAGUGUGGCACUGAAUACCACAUCACCUUCCCCAAGAUGGGCCCGUUGGUGUAUUUCCUCCAGCAGAUAGACAGAGCUCUGUCACGGGCCAGUCCCUUCGCUGCUGUCGGCGUGGUGGUCGGGACCGUCUACUGGUCGGCUGUCACAUACGGAGCUGUGACUGUCAUGCAGGUCGUGGGACAUAAGAAGGGCCUGUAUGUGAUGGAGCGAGCCGACCCCCUGUUCCUGUUGAUGGGUCUGCCCACCAUUCCUGUGCUGUUGGUCCUGGGAAAGAUGAUCCGCUGGGAGGAUUAUUUAGUGAGACUGUGGCAGAGAUACUCCUACAAAGGGAAGCUAGGCACCAGCCGUUAUCUGCCCCGUGUCCCUGACGGGGCCGGUACAGGAGACCACGUCUCUGUGUCCAGGACUCUGUGUGGAGCUCUCAUCUUUCCCUCCAUCGCCAGUCUGGUGGGAAGGCUACUGUUUAGACGGAUGCCCUCUAAUCUUCAGCGCACUGUACUGGGAGGCAUCGCGUUUGUGUUGAUGAAGGGCGUGAUGAAGGUGUAUUUCAAACAGCAGCAGUACAUCGUGCAGGCCAACCGGCACAUCCUCAACUACCCAGACAGCAACGGAGACGGACAGAAUGAAGGACAAAGACUUCAGACAGGGAAAGAAACUGUGAAGGCAGAGCGGAUGAACGAAAGGAAAGAUCAUCAUCAUUAUUAUUAUUAUUAUCAUCGCGCUUAGAGAAACAUCCUCGUAUUCACACAAACACAGACCCAUUCACAAUGUAAAAAAGUUAAAACAAGGUCAGGGUAGGAGAGAAACCCGCUGCAUGUAUUCAGAUUCACAGGGACCAGGUUACUGCAGUGCACAUAAUAUUCUGAUUACCUGGGAUCUGGAGUCUGAUAUGAACGUUCAAACACAGAUAGAUGUCUUCUCCGACAUCAUUCUCACUUAAUAAGCCUCACCAGUGUAUAUUAAUGUCUUCCUUUUUAAUGUGCCUUAUUUGCACUUUUCCAUAACAUAACCAGCUUCACUCGUACUGGACUAUAACAUGCAGGCAUAAACCGCUGGCCUACAAUUUCCCCAGUGACAGUUUUUCUUGACGCGUCUAAAGCCUUUUUGGGCUCUAAAUGUUCUGACCUUCAGCAGCAGAGUGUUUGCUGUUUUAAUGAAAGGGUGGAGCUGCUGUUUGCAAACACAAUCGUGACCUACUAUGAACUUUGAUCCGGUUAUUUGAUGCAACUGACUUAACUUGAGUAACUUUUAAUGCUCACACACAGUUCACAAGGUCUUCUGUUCUUCCAGACGGGGUUGUGAUGUGUUUUUAUUUAAUUUCUUUGAAUCGCACAUGCUUGCAGACUGAAGUAGUGGGUGCUAUAGGGAUACGGCCGGUGAAGUGUGAGGCGCUCCCACAGCUCCCAGUACUAACCGGAGACCCAAAGCAUUUAAUAGUUUAAUUGUUUAAAGUUUAGUAGUCGAGGUUUCGGUUAGUAGGCGAUUGUUUUCACUUGUUGCACUUCCUCUUGCGGCACGGCUAAAGCAGAGCUGCAGAGUUGUUUGAAUUUGUUCAGUUAAAAAUAAAAGUUUGAUGUUUACUUUUGAUUUGGAGGGUUUAAUUUAAAAAUAAAGCAAAAAAAAUAUGCCAUGGGCAAAUUAAAUUGUUGUUGGGGUUUAAAACUAAAAAAGGAAGUCCUGGCCAUCAUAUGACUGAGGAAGUUUCUUAAAGCAUUUUGGUUUCUUUGAUAAUUGUGUCCUCUGCUUUUCUUUUUGUCUUCUCUUUUUUUGCCAAAUGAACAUGCUCAUGGACUUUUAAUUGCACAAUUUCUUGCAGUCAUUAUAUGUAUAUUAAAAGGCUCUCAUAUUUUAUGUAUUGGUGAAUGAUUUGUUUAAUAAAGGCCUUUGUAAAUUUA